AUGGCAGCAGCGGCAACCAACACUUCUAUAUUUCACCUUUUCACGAGCCUCGCUCCAGAGUUACGCGACCAGAUAUGGCGUGCCGCCCUGCCUGAUGAAGUCGGGCCAGUCUUGUACUUCUACAAAAAGGGUGGCUGGUGUCCUCGGCGCCUAUUACCAUCUGACGAGGGAUAUGACCCCGAGAACGACGACGAGUCAAAUGUGAAUUUCGAGUUCCGUCAUGAUGUGUUAGACGCUGUCCAGGUUGAGAUACCGUUAUUCUUCGUCAACCGCGAGGCUCGUAAUAUCGCUCUAGCAUGGAUUCGUGAGCAUAAUAUCGAGAUACGCGUCUACGCCCGCAAGCAUGAACAAUUACAGUCUCCUGUUUUCGUGAUCCCUUUUGACUCAAUACAUAAUGCGUUAUAUAUUGCACUUGAUAAAUGGGACGAGUUUAUUUGCGAGCCCGACGAUCGAUGCUAUCAACCGGAUAUGGUAGAAAAGUUGAUUCAUGUUCAAGCGGCCGGCAUCACGCGUAUCGCUAUGCCCGAGGCGCUGUUUCGGGGUGAGGGUGAGGUUGCCGCUGCAUUAGCCGAGUUGAUAGAUCGGUGGUUCGGCUUAGUCGAAGUGUUAUUCAUUCUGGUCGACACGCCGUUGGAUUUGCAGCCUGCGAAUAACGGCAUGAAGAUACAGCCGCGAUGGAAGUUAGAGAACAUAGAGGGAGGGACGUUCUUUUGGAAUCACGAUCGUGGCCGCUUUGACUAUAACGAGAGCGAGUAUAUUAUCGACGAGGCUCUGUACAAGCUGAUAGAGGAGAUCAAUGAAUGGCUAGGCAAAGAGCUUGUCAAGAACAGCAUCCGCAGCUUCGAAGUCCGACCUGUUUUUGCCGUCAGAACAUGA